AUGAAAAAUGGCCGGCGAUUUUACCAACAACUUGAUUUUGUGUCAAAAUAUUCUGAUGUUAUUCACCUGACACUGCGAUUGUGAUGUAUUUGAAUCGUAGGGAUGUCCGUUUACUUGUACAUGGUAUAAGCAUCUCUGCCGACGCCAUGCACCAUUUUUAUGCUGUAAACAACAGCUUAUGAAGUGACCAAUUUGACAAUGUAUUGUGAAGCCAUACUACACCAAUGUCGAGCCGGGCGCUAACGUUAGAGUGUGCACUUGUUCAAACAAUGGGGAAUGGGGAAAGCACACAUAACUACAGAGGACCAGAAUUCAGAACCCCAGCCAUGUCGAUUCGCCUCCCAAUGCCCGAUUCUCACGAGCUGGAGCGCAGAUUCACAAAAGUCCUGGCUUCUAUGGAUCUGCCACCGGACAAGGCUAAAGUACUCAAGAAUUAUGAUGAUGAAAAGAAAUGGGACUUGAUUUGUGACCAGGAACGCGUCCAUGCAAAGGACCCACCCCAUGUUUACCUUGACCGACUGCGAACUUACCUGGACCCGCGUGCCAGUCGAAGCUCUCGGAAAACCCUCAAGAAGAGGAAGAUGAUGGGGGACAACACUUCCACACAGGUGCUGAGAGACCUGGAGAUUUCUCUUCGUACCAACCACAUUGAAUGGGUUCGAGAGUUUCUCAAUGAAGACAACCAAGGUUUGGACGUACUGGUAGAUUAUCUGUCCUUUACACAGGUCAUGAUGAGGAGGGAACAACUGCUAACGAAGGAGAAGAGUGCCAGUCUGGAUGGCCUUGCUAAAAGUCCUGUUCGUCGACUUAAGCGGUCCAACACCAUCGGCUCUCCUCGGGGGAUGCUCAAGUCCUCGAAACUAAAUAUGGGCGAGGCCCGCGAUGAUGUCCAUGUGUGUAUCAUGUGUCUACGAGCCAUCAUGAACCAUCAGUACGGCUUUAAUUUGGUGAUAGCCCAUAAACAUGCGAUCAACUGUAUAGCACUCAGUCUGAACCACAGAAGUCUCAGAACAAAGGCACUGGUUCUAGAGCUGCUAGCAGCGGUGUGUCUGGUGAGCGGGGGACACGAGAUUAUCUUGUCAGCAUUUGAUAAUUUUAAGGAGGUGUGUGGGGAGAGACACAGGUUCGAGACGCUGAUGGAUUAUUUUAGGAAUUUUGAAGAGUUUCAUAUUGAUUUUAUGGUGGCGUGUAUGCAGUUUGUAAAUAUUGUAGUUCAUUCGGUGGAGAACAUGAACUUUCGUGUACACCUACAGUACGAGUUCACCCAGAUUGGCCUGGACGACUAUCUCAUGAAACUGCGACACACUGAGAGUGACCGACUGUCGGUACAGGUACAUGCUUACCUGGACAAUAUGAUAGAUGUACAACAACUACUGGAGGACUCGGAGACCAAGACGGAAGCGCUGGAGCGUGCCGAGGAUCUGGAAGAUGAACUGUCACACGCACAUGAAAGACUUCAAGAAAUUGAAGAGGAAGCUAUGUCUAAAACAGUGGAACUGGAGAAACAGUUAUCGGAUGCAAAUCAAGAUAUUGACGAGCUGCGAGAUUAUUUAUCAAAACAAGAGAUAGAAAUGAACUCUUUACGACAAGUUGUGAAUGAAAAGGAUGAGGAAUCAAGAAAGAGACAGAGUAUACUAGAGGCCAAACUCCAGGAGAUUGAGCAAAUUAAACAGACGCUCCCUUCAGGUGUAGGUGCUGCUGCUGCCAGUGCACCGAUGGCCAACUUCCCUCCUCCUCCUCCUCCCCCCGCCCCUGCUGCACCCAUGCCACCACCCCCUCCACCUCCCCCACCCCCGGCACCUCCAGCCCCAGGGCGAGGACCACCAGCACCCCCACCCCCACCAGGACCUUCUUCUGGACCAUCUGUGUCGGCAAUGACAAUAAAAAAGAAAAUUCAGACCAAGUACAGACUGCCCAUCCUCAACUGGACUCCUCUCAAACCUCAACAGGUCAAAGGCACAGUAUUUGCCGAUCUGGAUGAUGAAAAACUCUACCACGUAAUAGACUUUAAUGAGUUUGAGGAGAUGUUCCGACUCAGUACUGGCCCAUUGAGAGGAGACGACGAUGGUACUCCUAAACUACUCAAGAAACUACGCAAACCAGAGAGCAUCAGUCUUUUAGAACCCAACAGGCUACGCAAUGUUGCUAUCACGAGGAGGAAGAUAGAAAUGACAAACGAUGAAGUGAUGAAAGCAAUCAACAGUAUUGACCUGAAGCGACUGUCUCUAGAUUUGGUGGAUAUCUUACUUACCAUUAUGCCCAAUGAACAAGAGGUCAAGGCAUACAAACAGUAUGAGAGAGAUCGCAAACCCAAGGAGCGCCUCACAGACGAGGACAGGUUCAUGUGUAUGUUUUGUAAAGUAGAAAGGCUGUCCCAGAAGUUGAACAUUAUGAGUUUCAUCGGUAACUUCCAGGACAGUAUACACCAUCUCACACCACAAGUAAAUGCUGUGAUAGCUGCCUCUAUGUCUUUGAGGAAUUCCCAGAAAGUGAAGAAAAUGCUGGAGGUGAUUCUGGCCAUUGGUAACUACAUGAAUAGUUCUAAGAGGGGAGCUGUGUACGGUUUUAAACUUCAGAGUCUGGACAUGCUGAUGGAUACAAAAUCCGCUGACAAAAAGACCACACUCGUCCACUACUUGGCUCAAACUGUCAACGAAAAGUUUAUUGACCUCCUGAACUUUGAAUCCGAGCUGCGUUUCUUAGAAAAAGCAGCACUUGUGUCACUGGAAAAUAUUUUGACGGACGUGCAUGACUUAGAAAAAGGAAUGGAGUCGACUAAGCGAGAAUUUGAUGCUCGGAAACAUUCUCGUGACCAACCACCUAUUCUAAAAGAAUUCUUACAGAACUCUGAAGAAAAACUUAGGAAACUGCAGAGUGAUGUUAAAACUGCUCAGGAUUCCUACAAACGAGUCGUGGAGUUUUUUGGAGAGAACCCUCGCACUGUGUCCCCACAGACAUUCUUCUCACAGUUUGUACGAUUUGUUGGUGCUUUCAAGCAAGCAGUGGUUGACCUGGAGAAGAAACGAAGGAUGGAGUACGCUGCUAUGGAGGAGAUCCAACCAAGUUCUCAUGGGCGCAAGAACAAGAAGGUUACAGCGGAGGCUGUUGUAUCUGAACUGAAGACAAGAAACAGACAGAUCAAGGAGAAGAAGUUGUUGGGAAAGGAUGAGGUUUACCACGGGGCUCUCGAGGACAUCCUUUUGGACUUGAAGAAUGAACCAUAUCGACGUGCUGAUGGUGUGAGGCGGAGUCAAAGGCGCCGUGUUGAGGAGGGACUUGCACCCGCUUACAGUCACAACGAACAUUUCUAAUGAUCUGUCGGGCCACAUUCAUACAUCAGUAGAUCUCCAGCUAGUAUUGACACAUACCCUUGCAUGUCUGGAUAAUAUUGACACAUUGUAUGUCAGUCUGUGCAUUGUUCGACAUGUAUAAGUGUACGUACAUGGUGUCUGUCUUUGUGGUAACAAGAUUUCGUUCAAAAAGAGGAGGGGGAUAUUUACGACGAGGAAGCUUGGAUUAUAGAUAAAUGUUAUAGUUGACCAAGUAAAGACUGACCAGUGUACUUGUAUUCUAUAACCAGUUCUUACAAACUAACUUUUUAUAUAAAAGUUUUAGAUAACACUGAUCAUCUACUUCACCAUUAUUCCAUUUUAAUCAUAAAAUCUCUGGCAUACAGAUAACAUUACAAAUGUGAUGACAAGAAGCGCCAUGUCAACGCAAAUUUGUAUGCAUACAAUCUGUGUGACUUUACACUCACAAACACCAAGUUCAUGAACCAGGUACACAUGGAUAUUAUUCUCUUCAAUGCUUUUCGCUAGGCCAUGCACGAUGAAGUAUUGUGACUGGCUUAUCAUAUUGACUUAAAAGAAUUUAGAUGAAAGGAGCUAGCUUCUGGUGGUUGGUUGUUGUUAUAUGACUUUUGAUUGGUUGCUCUUGUUUCGAUAAAAGAAGCUAGCUUCUGAUUAGCUGCUAUCAAUUCAAUGAAAGAAACUAGCCUCUGAUUGGUUGUUAUUGAUUCAUUGAAAUAAGCUAGCAUCUGAUUGGUUUCUAUUGACUAAGGAAAGAAGCUAGCUUCUGAUUGGUUGCUACCGAGUUGUUAAAAAGCUAGCUUCUGAUUGGCUGCUACCGAGUUGUUAAAAAACUAGCUUCUGAUUGGCUGCUACCGAGUUGUAAAAAGAAGCUAGUCUGAUUGGUUGAUUUAGAAAAAGCUAGCUUCUGAUUGGCUGCUACUGAGUUGAAAGGAGCUAGCCUCUUGUUGAUUGCUGCUUUUCUGCAGACAUGCUUGGAGGACUGACUUCUAAUCAUUUCGUUUUCUUCCACGUUGAAAUGAUAUAUAUAUAUAUAUACAUAGAUAUUUCUAGUCGCCAUUUAUUGAUAAACAGGCUUAUUUUCUGUUGUGUAUCUGUUGUAGAAUUAAUAUAUGUGUUGUCCAAUUUUAAAUUGUGGAGAAAUAUUACAUACUAUAUUUUUAAAUGAAUGUUUGGAAAAAAAAUCAGGUUUUAUUUUGUCAGAGUUGGUUGGCUGUAUUCGGGUUGUGUAAACAACUGUGGCUGUUACUGUCAUAUAUAUAAUUGUCAAACUUGUUUACUGAUACAGUGAUGUCCAAGUGUAGUGUGCAAUAAUUUUUAGUUUCAAACAUGUCCGAUGAAUCCUAAAAAUCUGUAUCAUUGUCAGGCUCCUGUUUCAAUAACAUUCCUUCACUUAAGGAAAUACUUUAACUUGAAUUCUUUCAUAGGAAAGCAUCAUUUGAUUUAUGGAAAAACAUUUUGAUAAGGAACUUAAAUUCUUUAAUGCUUUUCUAUGUACAAUAUCAGGUUACUUAAUUUUCUUAAGUACAUUGGUAAUAUUGAUGGAACUGGGGCUAGAAAGUAGAAAAGAUAUACUGGUAGAUUCAAAAGAUUCUAAUAUUGGUUCCUUUGUGGUAAUUGCAUUGUAAUUGAAUUAAAAAAAUAAAAAAUAAAGUUAUAUAAUCACCAAGAUUUCAGGAUCAAAAGUGAUUGCUAAACCAAUGAUUUCCCUAUGGAUAUUUGUCAUAUAUAUUAUAUAUACAUAUUGAGUAAUAUUUUGGUAAGCAUUCACUCCGAGGGCGGCUUUUUUUUUUUUUUUUUUUUUUAACAGUUUCACAGAACUACCAGAAAAAUGCAUUUAAAAAUAAAAUAAAAGGAUAUUUUUUUUUAUAUUUUACUCUUCGUGUAAGAUAGGAAAUAAAAUGCUUGUUUGGUUUUUACAGCUAAAGUGUGUUUAGAAAUUAAUUUUGUUUUUUAAAACAGCAGUAAAAUAUAAUGCAAGAUAUUUGUCUUCAAAUGAAUAUCUAUAUUUAUGUAUAAUAUUCUCAUGCUUGUAGAUUGAAGCUUAUUUAAAAUGCAGCUUUCCAUAAGUUAACGAUCGCUAAUUAAUGUUAUACUAUUUGUGUUAUCAUGUACACUUGAUUUAGCCAUCACUCAGUCAGUUUAACUGGUAUUGCUUCUCAUCUCAUCAAUAAGAGCCAUUAAUUUUUGCAUCAUAACUUAUCAUUGUCUUGCUUUAGAAACAAAUGGCCAGUUGUCAAAAAAAAAAUCAUUUUAUAUAAUGAUUAUCUGAAUAUACAUGUAUGUUAAAGUUUAGGUACACAUGAACGUUUAUAUCUCAUAUACAUGUAUAUGUUAUAUAUAUAUGUACAUGUAACUUAUUUAUUUUCUAUACAUCAAUACAUGUAUCAUUACAUGUGCUAUAUACUAAAAAUACUUCUAUCAUUUAUCAUCAUAACAAUCCAUAUUGCUAAAUGGGCAGAUGUGGAAUUUCAAUAGGCUCAAUAUUUGAAUUAGAUUCUGACUUUAAAGCAUGAGUAGGUGUUUACACACCAAAGAUGGAAUAAACCUGUUGUUUUUUAUGGGAGAUGCUGUGAUAUAUAUUCUUAAUGAAUAGUUAUGGUAUAUUUCAAGAUUAAUUUGUAUUAGAAAAUAGUUUUUUUCUUGCUGUUGCAAAGCUUGGUAGAAACAGUUGAACUCUUGUCACACAUGUAUAUCUCAAAUCAUAUAUAUAAAAUCUGCUGAACAAACCAAUGCAUAAUUCCUCAAUGCCAUGGUUGUUUGACCUUUGACCUGUAUGGCGAGGUACUGUUGUUGUUGACCAGUGUCAUGGUUAAUCUUUGUGUUCAUAUCUAAAAUACUCCAUCAUAACGUUAUCAUCGCAGCCUCAGAGUUGGCGAGUCAAGAGUCGUCAUACAUUGACAUCAUGUCUCUGUGGGAUAGAGACUGAGAAGAUGUAUUCAAACCUCCCAUAUCUUUUUGAUUUAGAGACCAUACAAAAUAGGUUUUUUUUUGUUUAGAGAUUAUACACACCAUUCACUCAGGUUUCUUAUUUUUCUUUGAUACAAAUCUAUACACCAUCAACUUAUCUCCUUUGUUAAAGAAACUUUACAAGCUCAAUUUAGCUUCUUUGUCAAAUCACAUUCUCACUCCAAUUUUUCAUACUUUGCUUUUUUUUUUAUCUACGUUGUUUUAUAAAAGACAUCAAAAAAUUAAUUCAAAUUCUCACUCAGAUUUCUCAUAUGACUUUGCAUUUUAUCUCCUUUGUUUAAUAAGAGACUUUGAAAAUGAAUUCAAAUUCUUACUCAAAUUUAUCAAAAUUUAUAUAUACGCUCAACCUUUCACCUAUGUUUGAGAUGAUACGACCUAAUUUUUUUUUUUUUUAAAGAUUAUGUAGAUUGCCCUUUUUAGAAUAAUACCUUUCCACAGUCCUUUUUCAGAGAUUUGAAUAGUGCAUACGUAUACCUUCUCCAUGAUAUGAAAAGUCAGUGUACUGCUGUAGAGAAAGAAAAUAAUUUUUAAGCUGAAUUAAAGUAAAUUAAUAUAUUAUAUUGUACAGAGCAAUCUCAUAAAAAAACUUGCCAAAGCAUGAUGUAACGAUUCAUGGUGUAUGUUCUUUAGGUUUUUAAUUUGUAAAAAUGUAAUUUAUUAUUUUCAAUUGUCACAAACAAUAGAAUGUGUCAUAUUAUAUUGUGUUCAAAUAAGUGUUGUUGGUCAGCGUUGAUGUGUUGUGGCCACAAUACUUCCCAUAAGAGUCAUGGUGGGUAGUGAUGGUAUUGGUGGCUUUUCCCUGUAGAUUAGUUCGUGUGCAGUGACCAGUCAAUAUGAUGCACGUUGUUGUACCAUGUCUGUUGUGGUCCAACAAAUCACACCCAACUCAUUCCUCCGAUUCAUCCUUCAUGAAGGUGGUAUGAUUUCAGGUCAUUUUAAGAAAAUUCUUUAACUUUUUCAUUAAACAUAAUUCUUACUUACCUUAUUCUUUCUGAUAUGCCACUAACUGGCUCUAAAAGGUGACACAAAGCUUGUCUGUAAUAUACCAGAUUCACUAGCUUUUUAGACUGCCAUGUUUACACUCACCGAUACUUCACGUUAUAAUAUUAUCUUCAGCAUUCAAGGGUUCCUUACUUGCCGUACAUAUCUCUGCACUCUUGGAAUAUGUCAUGACAAAAUUGGAAGAAUGUGUACACUCCGCCUUAUAGGUGUUAUAAGCUGACUGAAUUUUAAGUUGGCUUGCAGGGUUAACUGCCAAGAUCAUUGUGAGUGGAAGUCUCCUUUGGAUGUUUGUGGAAACUGUUUCAAAAUAUCCUGGAGUCAAGGAAUAUGCAGUAUAAUUACUGUAUACAUGUAUAUGGACAAGUUUAGAUGUAGGUGUAGUUCUGUUGUAGUCUACAUACAGUAUUAGGAACCAGCCAAAAGGUUCCAAAUGGCCUGUUAUGUCAUGUUCCAAAGGUGCAGAUGAAGAGACACAUUUGGAUGGGUUGAAGUUUGAAGAUAACAUCCUAUAAAAUAGGAAUAUUUUUAAACAAGACUAGACAUGAACAUUUUUGUUGUAUAAAAUAUGAAAACUUGAUACUUGAUUUUCAAAAAUGAAACUUUACCCAGGGUAGUUUAUAACCUCAUAUAAAUCUUUAUCUUUUGGGAACAUUUUACCCACAGGGAACUGGCACUAAUUCUCAACCCAUGGUUCAUAUAGGUAUUAUAUUAUUACAUAUAAUACAUAAAAUCGACUGUGGGUUCAAAAUAUGUGCCAAAUUCCUGUGUUCUAUUCAUAUUUUUUAAAUGAAUAUUUUAUCACAUUUGUACCAAUUAUCAUGAUAACCAAAACAGAUAAGGGUUGGUUUGAACAAGAUUGUUGAAUACUUGUGUUGAAAUUCAUUCAGCGUCAACAUACUUGGAUAAGCUUGGCUCAAAGUUAUGAUUUGUAAUACAAUUAGUACUAGUCGUGAGAGAAUCUUAUUGAACUAUGGACGGGGGAUUAACUGUUGUCUUCCUGUCUUCUAUCUACGCAGGUUUGUCAAAUUCAAUCAGCAUUUGAAAGUCUUCCAUUAUUACAAUCGGUUCAUACAUUAUCAUACUUCAUCAAAACUGGUGGGUCACCUAUACGUUUGCCUCCUGUUUCAUUACAGGGCAGAUGGCCGUUCUUAUUAUUGACCUAACAUCAUCAAUACUAUUGUACUAGUUUAUAUUGCUGUAAAAUAUACAUAUUAACAAAGAUUUUAUUUUACAAAUUUUAUUAAUAAGGUUGAUAAUUAUGGAGCUAAUAUGUCUGUGAAGGCAAAUUAAUAUUGGUGCAGUAUUGAUGUUUGAGUAUACAUCAAAAUGAUCUUAAUCCAUUACAGGGUUAACCUUCUCUCCACUUCAACAGAAUCCCUGAUCUGUAUUAAUUUAAAUAUUUACAUGAAACCAUGUAAUAAUAAAAUAUUAAAUAUUGUUGUAAAAAGAUGUGUUAAAAACUGUAUUGGAGCGAUGUCUGUGACAUCAUCAAGUGCUGUCAGUGUCAAAAUCAUCAAAACAAUGUGAUGUUAAUGCAAAUUCAUUGUCUUUAGAAAGUUGUUUUGUGAUCAUGUUCAAUUGUAAUCGGAAAAGAAAAAAGAUGAUUUAUCAAGAUUGUACAUUAAUUAUAAAAAGUUUGAAUUGAUAGUGAUUGUCAAUUUUUUUUUUUUUUUGUUAAAUAUUUUUUUUGUAAAAAUGAUGAAAAUUAAGGUAAAGAUUGUUCAGAGUUGUGUAGUGAUGAUAAUGAAGUGCAGGUUUUACUAGCACACACCUAUGUACUGUCAGAAAAGCCUUAAUGAUAGAAUUAUGGAAAGUAUGUGUUGAAUUUAUGUUGAUUUUGAUCGAGAAAAAUAUGGAUAUUGGAUGCAGGCUUUCUAGAGGGUAGAUGUCCACUGAUGCAACUUUCUGUAGGAAGGUGUUAUAUGCAAACUUGUCAUUGAAAGAACAAAAGUUAUUUUGGAUUAUAAAUGAUCCUUAUAGGAUAUUUGAUGGGAUGACAGUAUUUAAGAAUGGUCCACUGGGAAUAUUUACUAACAGCUUACUAAAGUGUCUAUUGCUGUAUCGUAAGGGAGGGCAAGGAAUCUGUUUACUAGGAUAUGGUAUUGAUUUGUGAUGAAAAGUUGCUUUUUUUUGUGACGCUUCAAGAACAUGCACAUCUGGAGGCAAUUUUGUGUCUGUGGUUGUUGAUCAGAUACAAGAAUAGGUAAUAUACUGGGAACCUACUAAUGUUUGUGUACAUUUAUUUUGCAAGUGUUUGCAGAAGCAUUAAAUCUUAAAUUUAAAUUUUCCCUGUGAAUAUUAAAUUAUAUAGGGGUAUACUCCCUUAAAAUGGCGAAAUGGCAAACUUUGGUAGGUUUACAGUAUUCAUAACUACAUGUACCGAGCUAUUCAGCAGAGACAGAUCUGAUAGUUUGGUACAUUAUAACACACAUGUACAGCAGAUCACAGGGCCAUGUAACAGGACCAUGUAUAUUAAAUGGCAGCUUGACCAUUACAACCACACACAAAAUUGUCUCCAGAUACGAUAUGUGUCACGCUAAAAUCUUAACCAUACAAGAAUUUGAUUCUCACUUCAACCUUGAUAUGCACUUAGCACAUGUUUCAAAUUUUGCUGAUUUAACAAAUAUUCUAUAUAUUCACAGAUUAGAGAUGAACGCCAAAAUAAUAUAUAUGGAUAUUGAUACUGUGAGUAUGUGUUACUCAACAGUAAAACAUAGUUAUCAUAUACCUAUUUUUACAUUCCUUUUCAUAGUAAAGAGUAUUAGAAGAGAUUUUUUUCUACUUUAUCAAGAUAAAUAAGACAUUGCUUUACCGGCACUGAUAACAGUGCUACCACACAUAUAUAUUGGACCAAUACUAGGCCAAGCUUGGGGAAGAGUGGUCCAAACCUUGAUCACUGCACCACUUCUCAUUGGGGGCAGCUGAUUCGGCAACAGAGUCUGGCUUUUAUAAUGAUCCAUGAUGUUUUUGUACAGAUUGCAAGACAACGCAACAUCCAAUGUAUUUAAAGUAUUCAUACAUUUUACAAUGCAAUUUGUAAAAUAAAAUAUCCUAUUAUAA